GCAUUUCCUCAGACUGUCAGGUUUAACCUUUUAAAACGCUGGGAUGAGUUAUGAAAGUGGUUGAGCUGACACAAACAAGAUGAAAAAGGUGACGACAGCCGGGCUCAUUUUUAUCACUUUUUCACUUCUUCACGGUUUUGUUGCACCAUUGAACUGCACCAGUCCAACUCCUAAGGCCUUGUUUGAUGCAUUCGAGACUGAAUUAUUUCCUAGAAAACUACUUCGACCUGUAGGAAACUUUACAGAUAUCCUGAACGUAUCCAUCGAAAUGACUAUAGUGGGAAUUUUAGGAGUGAAUGAAAAAGACCAAAACUUGAAAAUAUUCAUAUGGCAAGUCCUGGAGUGGGAUAUAGACGGACUGAGCUGGGAUGAGAAGGAAUGCGGAACUAAAAGAGUCUCUGUCCCUCGAGAAAAGCUUUGGGUCCCAGACAUCGUCAUCAACGAGUUCAUGGACGAGGACAAAUCUCCCAAAACGCCUUAUGUCUACUUAUACAACACAGGUCGUGUAUUUGAUGAAAAGCCGAUCAGAGUGAUCGCCACCUGCAAAUUAGUAAUCUACACUUUCCCCUUCGAUGUCCAAAACUGCUCGCUGACCUUUGAACCAUACCUGCACUUUGCUGAAGACAUAGAGAUGACUCAAAGACAUUCAGCUGCAGAGAUCCUGGAGGAGUCCAGAACUGUGCUGCAGACCAGAGGAGAGUGGGAGCUUGUGGAUAUCAAACAAGCUCAAACAACCCUUGAAAUUACAGAGGGAAGCUACUCUGAGCUCAAAUUCUUUAUCAUUUUGAGACGUAGGCCAAUCCUCUACGUGGUGAACCUCCUGAUCCCCAGCUGCUUCCUCAUCACAUUGGACCUCUUCAGUUUCCUGCUGCCUCCCCACAGUGUGGAUCGGUCCGCCUUCAAGAUGACCCUCAUCCUGGGCUACACCGUUUUUCUGCUCAUCAUGAACGACCUGCUGCCUGUCACUGGAAGUACAACACCUCUAAUAAACGUUUUAUUCUCAAUCAGUCUUGCUCUGAUGGUGGCCAGCCUGUUGGAGACAGUGUUUAUUACUAACAUUCAGUUCAGCGCCAGCAAGUACAGAAAGGUGCCUCACUGGAUCAGUGUCCUUGUGCUACGAUAUCUAGCUGUUGUUGUUUGUCUCCCUCAAGAAAAGAUGAGCAACCGCAUCACAGUCUCCAUUCACCAACCUGCUAGAGAAAUAAGUCCCAGCAUCAUCUCUUUAAGAGAUUCUCAGAGUGUCUCUGGUGAUACACCUCAUGAGAAACCUCCUCGGGAUCCAGUCCUGGAUGAAUUGAGGAAACUGAGCAGAGAUCUCGUGGCCAUCCGCCUCCAGAUAGACCAACACUUCCACGGGAGCAAUACCUCGGCUGAAUGGCAAAUGAUCGGAUUAGUCAUUGACCGUCUGCUGUUCGGCUUGUACAUUGUCUUCAUCACGGUCUGCUUUAUCACCAUUGUAGCUAUCUGGAUAUUUAGUAACUUGCACAUAACAUGAUAUUCACUUACAAAGACCAUGCCAAUCAGGUAAAGAUUUCAAAUGAUUUAUUGCGUAUGAUGGAUUAUGGGUUCGGAGGAAAGCAUGAAGGGGUGAGGAUCGAGGGAUUAGAGAAUGAACAGAUGAGGAUAGAGGGAUGAAGGGAUUAGGGUCGAGGGUCGAAUGGAUGAGGGGUGAAGGGUUGAGGGAUGUAGGGAUGAGGGUCAAGGGCCAGAUGGAUGAAAGGUUAGGGAUGACAGGGUAAGGAUCAAGGGAUAUAGAGUGAGGAAUAAAGGGAUGAGGGUUGAGGGAUGAAGGGAUGGAAGACUGAGGGUUGAGGGAUGAAGGCUGGGUUUCUGGGUAGCAGGCGAGCGCUAUGAUGAAUGUGUUGGGUCGAAGGCAGGAAUGCAGGAGGGAUCCCGAGAGUGAGACUGAGUUGGGAAGUUGUCUCUUUGUGAGCUCGGCUUCGGAUAGAGCCCCCACUGGUUCCUGUAUGCAGAAAGGAGCAGAGAAAAACAUUGUGUCUGUGUUAUGGUAGACUGUCCUGUAAAGACGGCCACAGUGGUCCAACCUAUGAGUCCAUGCAGGCUGUGUUUGACCUAAAACCCUUCAGGCCAGCAGUGAACCUCAGCAGUCCCACCAUAAGCAACAUCUCCUUCACCCUGUACGCUGUCCUGGGGGUGAAUGAGAAAACCCAAAUACUCACUACGUUCCUGUGGCUGAGACUGUACUGGCACCAUGAGUUCCUGGUUUGGGACCCUGAUGAGUGUGACGGUGUCACCAGGAUUUCUCUCCCUGUGAAGCAGCUCUGGUCUCCAGACAUCAUCGUGUAUGAGUU